GCGCCCAGUGAAAUGCUUGGUCGUGGCGGAGCCGCGGCGCUUCGCAAUGCGACACGGCGCCAAGCAUUGCGAGAACGGUUGCGACGAAGGGCGCGUGCACAAGUACUGGCGCGGGCACAUUGAGUCCCCUGCUGGGCACGGACAAGGCGGCUUCGUGAAGAAGCUUGAUGUUGGUUGUCCAGUGUCAGAGAUCUUCAUGGUGAACAAGUCCUUCGGCGUGCAUGCUCAGUGGGCGCAGCGGUGGGCCUACCGCCUGUACACGCACAGGGCGUCCUUCCUUGGAGAAGCCCAGAUCCUGCGGGCGUUGGAACCCGAAGUCGCCACGGAGACGUUGGAGCAAUCCUUGGAGUCCGCUUGGGUGCGGUACCAGUUGUGGCAGCGAUCUUCAGCGUGCGAGGGCGCGCGCGUUGCCCUGGCGGCUUCUGUGUUGGAGUUGCCCUUGGAGGACCUUCUGCAGAGCUGCGCUUCCUGGUACCGCCCUCUCAUGAAGGAGCGCCGACUCUGCGCGUGGCGGGCCAGUGGAGAUAGGCUGGACAUCGUCUGCGUUGACGGCAACGCGAAGCUGCACCGGCGUUCGUGCGGCGCGCCGUGCGCCGAGGCCGUGUACCACGAAGCCCUAGACUUGCACUUGGUGCGUGGUUGCCCUGAGUCGCCUCUGCAGAAGGGGGUGCUCUGCCGCCGCCACCAGGAGCUCGCCGACCGCCCUGCCCUCGCCGGCGACAUUGAAGCACACCGCGUGAGGGCGCCCCUGUCCACUGGUGCAUUUCUUGACGUCGAAGUGCGCCUGGCCGGCUUCGGAAACUGGCAACCAGCUUGCACCGUCCCCGAUUCGACCGCGCAGGCGUAUUUCGCCCGGAACGCCGAGCAGGUCAUCCAAGAGCGCAAGCGCCAGCGUCAAGGGCGCAGGGACUUUCUCCGGCGGCAACCGCGCCUGGUCCUGGGCGACUGGGCUUCUGGGCACGCCAAGGCCAAGUGCUCCUGCAAGACGCACAAGGAGUCCGUCUCGGCCAUCCGCACGGCAAGUCGGUCGGCAGGGUUCCUAGCCGCAGUCUCAGAGAGUGGCGUGGUCGGUGCUCUUGAAGAGGUGAUCACUGCUGAGACGCUGUCCCAGCGCUACUGCUUUUUGGCCGACGUGGCCACUGCUGUUCCAGAGCUCAAGACGCUCGUGCACGACGACGCGUGCCAUGUGCGCUUGUUCGCCAAGGGCAGGGCGGAGGGCGCGCCGCCCGGCAGCUUGGCCGCUCGUCUUGGGCACUUCCGGUACAUCGUCGACCGGCCGCACAGCAAAGGGCACGUCGACGCCACGUGCAGGGCGGAGUGCUUCCCAGACGUGCCCGCGAAUGCUGCCGCCCUGGGUGACUUCCCAACGCCGAUAUGCGAGUCUGUCAACGCGCAGCUCUCGCCCUUGGCCCACACCGUCCACCACAUGAGGGCGGCCCGGAAAGCGGCCCGGCAAGACCGCGCGCCUGCACCCCGCCUGGUGCCCGCGGGGAUUCCCGCCGCGGGCGCGCCGGCCGCGGGCGCGGCCCCGGGCGCGGCGCCGGCGGCCGCGGGCGCGGCCCCCGAGGCGACACACCCGCCCAUAGUGCGUCGCAAACUCAGGCCGGUGUGGGCGGCUGCCGCCGCUGACGGUGACAAAUUCUUUGAAUGCCAGGCGUUUUACAAAGGGCGCCCUGCGAACCCAAUGGCAUUCGCAUGCCCUGGGGCCCGGGUCAUCUUCGGCACGGAUACCGCCGCCGGAGUCGCGGUCUGCGCGGGGCGUGCGGAGCGCGGCUGCAAUGCCGAUGACGCGCAGCGCCUGGUGCGCGCGGUUCCGGCGCGCCUUCGAGACGAGCUGACCGCGUUUCUCGCCCCAGCUCUCUCGUUCGACGUCCUGCGCAUGAGCGCUGUCUUCGAUCUCCGCCCCUUGAAUUUGACGUGGCCCGCGCUGGAGGAGGCUCUGGGCGCGCAGCCCGUCAAGCAGAAUCAGGGCUUUCCGCGCUUCCGCGGCAGCGAUGUAAACGCGCGUCUGGACGCGCUCUGGCGCUGCUUCCUCGACGCUUUCCUGCGGGGCAUGGCCCCUGCUAGCCGGGCGCCCGAAAUUUCGGCCGCAGAGAUCCAGGCCAUGGCAGACGCCGUGAACGAUUACGUUGACGUGCAUUUCUCGGCGAGCGAGCACUUGCCCGCGGAGCUGCAGAAGUUGGCGCGCCCGCUCGAGGUGGCCACCGGCCAGGGCGCUCUGCCCGUGCUCGCCCUCACGGCGGCCGCGAUGGCUGGCGUCAACAAUGGCGCUAACAUCCAGCUCUGGAACGCUGAUCCGACGCCGCUCUCCGCCAUGGUGCUGUACGGGGGCGACGCGCAGCAGGGGAAGAGCCGCGUCACCGCGGCGGUCGCGGCCAUGAUUGCUGCUGCCGACGAUGAGAUUGCAGCGGUGGUGCAGGAGCGCCUCGAUUCCGCGGCGCCGCCCGCGGGCGUUCCCCAGCGCGCGUGGGAGGACGCGAAGCCGACGAAGCUCACGGUGAAAACGAUCGGGAUGCAGGAUUUCACCCCCACGGAGCUCUUCGCCCGGUGCUCGGGGGACUGGGAUCAGAUCCAGGAAGUCAAGGAACUUGAUGUACUCUCAGGUUGGGCGCCCCGCGCCUGGUACAGCACGAUGGUGAACCUGGACGAGGCCUACAGCUUCCUUGGCCAGCUCGGCCUCACCGCCACCGACGCCCGCGGCGGGGCUGCCAGGGACACCGCGCCGUCCCAACACGCUUCGACGCUGAACACCCUCAUUGGCACGGGCAAGCUUCAGCGUGACACGAGGACCAGUGGGUCGUAUGGCAGCGUUGGGUCCCCUGCCGUCAACGUGGCCAUCAUCGGCAAUUGGCAUUGGAAAAUGUUGAUGGCCGUGGAGAGAGGGCACGUCGGCAACCACGUGGCGGCCACGAAAGAGCGGAGCAUUUACUGCGCCGGCCCGGCCGCCAAGCGCCACGAGCCCCUCCCCGCUGACUUCGAGAUGCCGCGAGAUGAGAACGGGGUCGCUUACCCCCGCUGGACGUGGUUGCCAUUGACGGCAAGAUUGGCGGACAGCUUCGGCUGGAGCCACUACUACCAGGAGCCCGACGAAGCCGAGCGGGACUUGGAGGCUGGGCCCCUGGACGAGGCCGAGGGCGCGGCCCCCCCCGCGGUCCCGGGCUCCGGGACGCAGCUCGCCGCGUCGUUCGUGGGGCCCGAGCAGGGGUACAGCAUCAACCUGCCGGACGGCGUGGAGGUGCGCCUGCGGUAUCGGUACGACGCUGGCACUCUGCAGACGCAGUAUCGGAUUUCUGCGAGGUGGAUGUUGCCAUCGCCGUACACGGCGCUGGUUCCUGGGGUCCGGCGCGUCAUCGGCUUCUUCAAGACCAGGCCGCACUUUACGAUCCCGUUCGAGCCGACGGCGCGCGAACACCUCCUCGGAGCGCAGCUCGAGCAGAGCCUCCUCGCCAGCGCGUCCCGCGGGGAGGAUGGUCCUGGCGAGGCCCAGCACGGGGCGGCGGCUGGCCAGAUUGGGGUCUGGGCAGGCCUUCUGCGCAUCUUGCGCAUGGCAGCCGCCGACGCAGACCCCGAUCCAGCGACGUUCGCCAUCACCACGGACGAUGUGGACUUGAGCACGCGCAUCGUGCAGAUCAGUCUGCAGAUCAAGAAGCUCGCGCGCCAGACCGCUGACCUGGUCGGCCCGCCGGACGACCAGCGCGACGCCGCGGGUGCCGUGCGACGCCCCGUUCGCGGGGAUUACGACCGCCGCCGUUUCGCGCCCGCUUACUUGUCGCAGGCAGGCGGCGAGGGCGGCGUCGGGGGGAGUCCGGCCGCGGCCGCGGAAAUUGCGGACGCCGCGGGGGCUGCUGGCGGCGGUGCCGCGGAGGCGCCCGCGGAGCUAUCGCCCGAGGCAGAAGCGGCGGCGCCGGGGGACGCCGCUGGCCACGCCGCGGCGGAGGAGGCCGCUCCGACCGCCGUGCCCUCGGACCAGGCCGACAUCGGCUCGCUUGCGCCUCCCGCCGCCGCCGGCCAGGCCGCGGCGGUUGCGCUGCCGGCCGCGGCGAGCGCGGCGCCCCCCGGCCGGGCCGAGGGGGCGCCUGCGGUCCCCCAGUGGAUGGACCUGGCGGACCUGGAGCCCAUGGAGGCGUUCUUCAAGGUGGGCAUGGGAGAGAACGGUGCCAUGUUGAUUCGCCCGGACGAGGACGGCAAGACCAUCAUCACCGACAGGCACUACGUGCAGCGCUUGUUCCUGCUGGGUGCCGACUCUCUCACCGUGCCCCAGAUAGCGGAGCGCCUGCGCAAGACCAAGAACCGAUGGUGCGUGCCGACGGCCGAGCUCCGCUCUUUGAUGCUCGCAUUGGCCGCGGAUUUCCCAAGGAUCUGCACUUUCGUCAACGACGUCGUGGCAUUUCGGGAUUUUCCCGAGGAGGUCGAGGGGCAGGUCAAAAUGCACGCCCAGUUCAUGAAGUGCGCGGGGGUUACGCUCCACGAGGUGUCGGAGGCGCGGGUGCAGUUCCUGAAGAAUCAGGGAAGGAGGGCCGCGGCAUCGUCGGCUCAGGGGGCGCGCUCUCGCCCGUACUAG